AAAAUAUGUCGAUUCUGCCAAGGUAUUCUAUAACCUGGUGAAUGAGAUCAUCAUUUAUUAUCUUUUCAACUCGCUAAAUAGGCUAAUUCGUUUCUAUAAGUCUGGCUAAUGUGCUCUUUUAUAAAUUAUAUUCGAUAUAUCUAAAUAACUUGACUUUAGAGUGGAUAAUUGUGAAACAAGCACAGGAUUUUUAACAUCAAGAAGAAGUAUGGCUGACAUUUUUGGAGAUUAUAAGAAAAACUCUUUUAAAUUAAUGUCUGUCAGCCCCAAAUAAAACAUUUGUCCCAUUCUCAAGCCAAAUGGACAAUGCAGGGUCUUUGCCAGCUUUGAAUAAUCCCAGGAAAUCGAUGCAAAGUUUUGGAGUAACCCCAAAUAACGAAAAGUCGUUAAAUGACCAUAACCUGACCUCAAGGUUUACCCAAUCUUACACCCAAUCAGGGAUGUUCAAGGAUACCUCUAUCGAAGCCGCAAGUAUAGCUUUGAAACGAGACGCCAGCAGGUCAAGAUUUUGAGACAAAAUUAGCAAAUCUUUGAAGAGAAAGAAUAAACCCAAAAGGAAUCAUUUCCUUAAAUACGGAAGAUAUCAAACAUCAAUCAAAAGCUCAUGCUUUGCUAUGAAGCCAGCUAAAAAUAAUUUGUUUCUUGAAAAAAUCCAAAAAACUCAAUUUAUUGAAAAGUUGGCAGUCAAACACCCUGGUGUGACUCCAAAAUAAGAACUGGGUAUUUCUCCCAGAGGCUGUCAUCAAAGAAAAAUUCAUGAAGGCUUCUCAUAAGAUUGUACAGGAGGAAGCGGCCAACAAGAUUCAAUCCUACUGGAAGGUUUACCUCAUUAGGAGGGAAUUUCUUGCUUAUAAAAACAAGCUUAAAAGUAUUGCAAAGAGAUUCCAAUUAUCAUUCCGAAAAUGGAAACUUAAUAAACAGAAGCAGAGCCACUACUUGAAAGCGAUCGUCAAGAUCCAAAGUUGAUGGAGAGGCUAUUUGGUGCGCAGACAGACAGUCAACUGGUGAUAUUCCAAAAUUUACAACCAACUAGACGCUUUUAAAAAUCUCAGGGAAAAAUAUCUUCUAGAAGAGAUCAAAUAUUACUGCAAUUUGUGGAAAGAGAAGGUAAAAGACAAUAAGUUUGAACGAAGAUUACAUGCAAGGAAGGCAUUUGUGUAUUAUGCAAUAACUGUUUACGAAAAAUUGAAGAAAAAGAAGUCUUUAAAAAGGCCAAUUCAUCAUAUUAAGGCAAUAAAGCCUAAACCUAAAAAAUCAAUUUCAAAACCUACAUCCAAAUAAACAGUCUAAGUUAUUAAGAAGCAAGAAGAACGUGAAUAAAUUUCAAAAUGUUGUCAGAAGUGCUAUAAAGAAUAAAACUCAUCUGAAAAAUAUCCUAAAAUUCGGUGGAAAGCUGACAGAUAAACCUUCAUCUCCCUUAGUCAAAUCAAAGACUUUUCAGGGGGCUAUUGUCAAUAAAGCUUUGGGCAAAAUCGUUAACAAAUCUAAGAUCACGCCUACAUCAAAAAGCCGCUUUAACAAUAAAAUUAAGAGAAGCUCUCUAUCAGGGAUAGUUCCUUCAAGAUCUCAUAAGAGGAGGAGCAAAUAUAUCACAGCAAUCAUAAAAGAGGAAACAAAAAUUGAUGAAGAUAGAAGUCAAAGUGCUGAUACAAAGUAUGAUGGAAUCGAAUCUCCUGAGAUCAGAGUUGUAAGUUCAUUUGAUCCAUUCAGUAGACAUCACCUCUAAACGCCUGAGAUUCAGCCGAAAACGAUAAUAACAUCAUAAUUUCUGGAAGGGAUCAAGAGAGCAAAGAAACAGAGUCAAUUGCAACAACUGAUGAUAAUCUUGAUGAUCUGGCUAGCAAAUCUGAAUCAGACUAA